AUGAUUGAAACUGGAACAAGUAUGGGAAACCCUUUGUCCCCACUAAUAGCGGAAGUUUUCAUGUCGUCAUUCGAAACAAAUUUGAGCGAAAGAGGAUUGCUCCCUAGAAUUUGGUUUCGUUAUGUAGAUGAUGUUUUUGCGGUGAUAAAAAGAGGUGAAAUCGAUUCGGUUUUAAACAUCCUAAAUUCAGAGUUCGAUUCCAUUAAUUUCACCUUUGAAUCUGAAGAAGACAAAAAACUAAAUUUCUUAGACUUAACCCUGUCAAGAAAAAACGGACGAAUUGAAUUUGCCAUAUACAGGAAACCAACAACAACAAACAGAUACAUCACGAACGACUCAUACUCCCCGAUUCAACACAAACUCGCUGCCUUUCAUUCAAUGGUCCAUCGCCUAUGUAAACUUCCACUUUCAAUUGCAAAUUAUACCACCGAAUACAACUUAUUGAAAGAUAUUGCUGCUAUCAAUGGAUACAAUCCAUUUAUCAUAGAUCAGUUGAUAAAUAAACACACUAAAAAACUUAAAAAAUCAGAAUUAACGACUCUAUACAAACAAAAUAAACAACUUCACGACAACAACAACACAGAAAGAGCAUCAAUGACGUAUUUUCCACCAAUUACAAAUAAAAUGCACACAAAAUUAAAACAACAAAAUAUAGAAUGCGUCUACUCAAGUAAUGGCAAAAUAAAAAAUAUGCUUGGUUCAACUAAGGACAAAUCCCCAAUUGUCAACAAAUCGGGAAUAUAUGAGAUCAAAUGUGGAGACUGCGAUGCUGUUUACAUCGGUCAAACAAAAAGAAGCAUUGGUGUCCGAUUCAACGAACAUUCGAAUCAUAUUAAGUACAACAGACCCGAAAAAUCCUCCGUCGCUGCUCACGCCCUCACCAACAACCACUUCAAUGUAAGAUUAGAAGAUGUCAAGCCCAAAAAGCACGUCACGAACAAUCGCAGACUUGAUGCCUAUGAAAGUCUUUACAUCAGCAACAACAACAAUGCCAUGAAUAGUGAUAAUGGCAAUAUUAUGUCACCUUUGUUUAACCUAAUCUAA